AUGUACGUCGUCAAACGAGACGGUCGCCAAGAAGAGGUCAAGUUCGACAAGAUCACAGGCCGCAUCAGCAAACUGUGCUACGGCCUCGACGCGAAGUACGUAAACCCAAUCCUGAUCGCACAGAAGGUUGUCGCCGGCGUUUACGCGGGUGUAACAACGUCUGAAUUGGACGAGUUGGCGGCAGAAACCGCUGCGUACCAGUCGACCCAGCAUCCCGACUUUUCCAAACUCGCUGCCCGCAUCUCGAUCUCCAACUUGCACAAGAACACCAAUAAACUGUUCUCGGACAACAUUGAGCUGUUCUAUAACAACACACACGCCAAGACGGGCGCCCCUGCGGCAUUGAUCGCCGACGAUGUGUACAAGAUCAUCAUGGACAAUAAGGAAGUGCUGAACAGUGCCAUCAUUACCGACCGUGACUUCGAGUACGACUACUUUGGCUUCAAGACUCUCGAAAAGUCGUACCUGCUCCGCGUAAACGACAAGGUGUGUGAACGACCCCAACACAUGAUUAUGCGUGUGGCUGUGGGCAUCCACAAAGAUGACAUCGAGUCCGUCUUGACCACCUACGAGUACAUGUCCCAAUUGUACUUUACCCACGCAACACCCACGUUGUUCAAUGCCGGCACGCCGCGCCCUCAACUCUCGUCGUGCUUUUUGCUGUCCAUGAAAGACGACUCGAUUGAAGGCAUUUACGACACAUUGAAAAACUGCGCGUGCAUUUCCAAGUGGGCUGGUGGAAUCGGUGUGAACAUCCACAACAUCCGCGCCACGAACAGCUACAUUCGAGGAACGAACGGGUCUUCGAACGGGAUCAUUCCCAUGCUUCGCGUGUUCAACGACACGGCCCGUUAUGUCGACCAAGGCGGUGGAAAGCGAAAGGGGUCGUUUGCCAUGUACUUGGAACCUUGGCACGCUGACAUUUUUGAAUUCUUGGAGCUCAAGAAAAACCACGGCAACGAGCUCCACCGCGCCCGCGACUUGUUCUAUGCCAUGUGGAUCCCGGACUUGUUCAUGAAGCGCGUCGAAUCCAACGGCGAAUGGAGUUUGUUCUGCCCCAAUGAAGCCCCUGGCUUGCACGAGUGCUGGGGCUCCGAGUUCGACGCUCUCUUCACGAAAUACGAGAAGGAAGGGCGUGCUCGAAAAACCAUCAAGGCGCAGCAACUGUGGUUUGCCAUCUUGGAAUCGCAAGUAGAAACAGGCACCCCGUACAUGUUGUACAAGGAUGCGUGCAACGGCAAGUCCAACCAACAGAACCUCGGCACGAUCAAAUCGAGCAACUUGUGCUGCGAAAUCAUCGAGUACACGAGCAAAGACGAAGUCGCCGUGUGCAACUUGGCAUCCAUCGCGCUCUCCAAGUUUGUUGAGAACGGCGUGUUCGACUUCCAACACUUGCACAAGAUCGCCAAGGUGGUCACGACCAACUUGAACAAGGUCAUCGACGUCAACUACUACCCCAUCGAAGAAGCGCGCAACAGCAACAUGCGGCACCGCCCGAUCGGCAUUGGUGUCCAAGGGCUGGCGGAUGCGUUUAUCCUCAUGGGAUUCGCGUUCGAGUCGCCCCAAGCCAAGCUGUUGAACCAACAGAUCUUUGAGACGAUCUACCACGCCGCCAUGGAAACUUCCAUGGAACUCGCAAAAGCGCAAGGGCCUUACGAAACGUACCACGGGUCGCCCGUAAGCAAGGGGCUGUUCCAGUACGAUAUGUGGAAUGUUACCCCGUCGCCGCUGUGGGAUUGGGCCACGUUGAAAGCUCAAGUCGCUCAGCACGGCAUCAGGAAUUCGUUGCUGUUGGCCCCGAUGCCUACCGCGUCGACCGCCCAGAUCCUUGGCAACAACGAGUCCAUCGAGCCCUUCACGAGCAACAUGUACAGCCGCCGUGUCUUGGCAGGUGAAUUCACGAUUGUGAACAAGUACUUGAUGAAGGAGCUCAUUUCGCUCGGCCUGUGGAACGCGGACGUCCGCAACCAGAUCUUGCACGACCGCGGCAGUGUGCAGAACGUCGCGUCGAUCCCUGCGCAUGUGAAGGAAGUGUACAAGACUGUGUGGGAAAUCAAGCAAAAGGUCGUGCUCGACCUGGCUGCCGACCGAGGCGCAUUCAUCUGCCAAAGCCAAUCCAUGAACGUGCACAUCGCAGACCCAAGCAUCAGCAAGCUCACGUCGAUGCACUUUUACGCGUGGAAGCGUGGGCUCAAGACCGGCAUGUAUUACCUCCGCUCACGCCCGAAAGCCGAUGCGAUCCAGUUCACGGUGGACCAAGCGGCCAUCAAGAAGCAACAAGCUGCCAACGCCGGCAAAGCCCCCAAGCCAGUCGAGCCGGAAGAGGAAGAAUGCCUGUCAUGUGGAGCGUAG